GCCACGCCAUUGCCUGCUGCCGCUGCUGAGUCCGCCCCUCGUACCCUAUUGUUGCCUGCCCCUCUUCAUCGGCAACUUGUUGCCGCAAUUCGCCUUCUGCCCCUCCUUGCGGACAGUUUUGUUCCUUCGUAAAUGGGGCCAUGGAUGCCCCAGCUACGGCGCCACACAUUUUUCCCUUCCACCCUAUCGUCUAUUGGACAUUACUGUACAUGUACUGUACCCUAAGUAUUCUCGCCGCUCUCUGCCUUCCCCCUCCAGGCUCUCUGCCUUUUCUAUCCUUCCUAUCCCACCCCUCAUCCCUCCCUAAAUUCCCUUCCAUUCUCGUCCAUCUGCAAACUCCCACCCCCGAUAUCCCACCGCAAGCUGCAAUCACCGUACUCGCUCAAUCCCCCCCCCCCCCCUUUCUUUUUUUAUUGCCUUUCUUGCUCUUCCACUCGUCCUUUCCCUCAUCACCGAACCUGCAUACCCUGCUACCAUCCAUAUCUGGUAGACUAGCUGCGACUUCUAUGAGAGCGAGUUGAGCUGGAGCGUGCGUGCCCCUUACUUACUAUUCUACGUCUCCCAUCGUCGUCUCUCCCCGGGAGGCCUGGAACAGUUUUGUCAAGUGAGCGGGAAGAGAAAUACCGGUAGUAUAAAAAAGUAGAAGAUUUCCAUUUUAAAUAGUCUCCAAAUCUUGAGGAAAAUUGCAGGAGUGAACCCAGCCCACGUUCUGGGCCUGCCCCGGGAACACACAUCCAAGCCACGAGUAGGCGACCGGCUCAGGUAACAGCAUCGGUGCUCACAGAGUGUGCAGCGCAACAACAUUCUUCUCUGUGCCUGGAAAUUCUGCCUGCGUGAACAGCAAUCAUUCUGUCCGCUUGCCCACCCAGCGAAAUUUCCUCGGGGCUGAUUUAGCCUCUGUCCACCAUUGGUCCCACCGAGCGUUGCAGGAUAUAGUUGAGAGGGAAGCCCAGUCCAGCACCCAAAAGCAGGGAAUUUCAGGGAGCCGAGCUGCAAGAGAAAUAAAGGAGGGAGAGAGGAGAAAUAGGACGAGUCCCUCCACUAUUUUCCUCGACAGGGCAGGAGGCUGGAAUCAACAUCUUUGAAUCUGUCGGCUGGCACCUUGGAAGGAUAUCGGAACCAGAUCGAUCAUCAUCACAACUCUUCGGCACGGGGUCAACGCCGAGAAAGAACGGACGAAAAACAGCAAGAAAGAAAAAAAAAAAAAAAAAGAAAAAGAAGAGGAAAACGGGAAAAAGGAAAAAAUCAAAAUCAGAGAAGAUAAUCUAAAGAGCGCGCCGUGGGAGGAGAAACCGGGAAUAGGCCUAAGGUUACGGUUUACGAGCAAGGGUACAAUAACCAGACUUAGCGUCAACCUCUAUCCCCUCCUCUCUUCACUUCUCCACUCGCUCCUCCUUACACCCAUUUGCUGCUUUUUGCGCCCGACGAAGGUGACAAGUGGGUGAGAGUCAAUCAAACUCCCGACUAUUUUUACAUUCCCGCCCGGGGGUAUUCAAAGUAGAAGAAGGCACCAACCAUCAUGGUCACGGCAUUUCAAUUCUUCCGUGGCGGGGGAACCUCACCAGCCUCGUCUGCUCCAGGAACACCCCUCUUGACCUCUCACGUCACUCCGGCUCAAUCGUCAUCGACAGCGCCCGCGACCCCGAUUGCGGGACCUUCGCCGACUGCCGUUACCGCUCUCCCAGAGUUGAGCUGCCUGUCUCCACUUUCGCGUAGACAGUCGCCUGUUUUGUGUACUGGCUCGACUUCCCUGGGGGGUUCGGGUAACGGAACCACCACUGCCACUUCUCGUUCGACUGCUGUCGCUUCUCCGAGGCCUCAAUUGCCUUUGAACACGGCUGCUGCAGUAAGCUCUUCAGCCUCUAACAUGCUUAGAGCGGUAGCGGGUCAGAGGUAAGCAAUUUUCGUCCUUUCUGUUGGUGUCCUGCUUUCCCCCCUACGAGAUGCGCCGUCUUUGUGGUCGCAUCUCAACCAUUCCCUGGAUUUGUCUCCCCAUUUUCUUUUGUCGGGAUUGCUCCUUUGGUUCACCUGGCUUCUGUGUUUUGUCUUGUUCACGAGAUGAGAUGUGCAACUUCAAACGGCCUGCGAAUUUCACUUCUGCCCGACUCGCGGAGCUGGACUGAUGGCCCGGAUAUUGGAUACAGGUCGGAUGAUGACGAGAACUUGAGCGGCCAGACGACACCCCAUCCAAGCGGGCUUGACAAGAGAUUGCCUGGGAUACUGCAUGGUUUCUCACAGGUUUGUAGUCAACUUCUGCCUUUCUUCCGUCGAAAAACUACACCACUGGAGCCAAGACUCCCGCCCCAAUACAGAAGAACAGUUUCCUUUGAGUCUAACUCAUGUCAUUUCCUUUCUACUACCUUGUCGGACAUGGGAUUAGGGGGGAGAGAGAACAGAAAACUGACAGGGGAUGUAUUUUCGGACGGAAAGGAUACGCCCCCGGCCACACCUCGAGGGACCGCGUCAACCGGCAGCACAUUGAACGGUUCUACUGCAGCUACAACCCCUUCAACUUCUAGGCCCAACUCGACAUCCGUAUCCAGCAAUAACACUGCACCAAUGUCCCCCAAGCCGGCCAGUCCCGGGGGUGGAGCCUCGAGCGCUUCUGGUACUGUGAGUGCGGCAGCUCAUGCAGCAGUUGUUCCUCCAAAGGGAAAGAUGGUUGUCAAAAUCAUCGAAGCGAGGAAUUUAAGACCGAGCAAGGACCCAUACGUUGUUUGCACAUUUGAGAGUAAUGAAUUUAUUUCCAAAGGUCCUAAAAAGUCUGAUGACGCGGGCGAUGGUUCUGAUAAUGAGAAGGCGGUCCUGGCUCCCGGGCGGGGAAUCGCAAUUCCUAUGAAAAGCCGUCAAAGCUCCAGUACAAGCCUUUCGGAAUUGCAGGGUGGGGGCUCAAAGAAAGGGAUAACAAAUCCCAAAUGGGAACAUGAAGCAGUAUUGUGAGUUUACAUAAUUUAUGUCGGCAUUAUUCAUUUCUCUCUUUCCCCCCUGCCCCAUUUUCCACUUCCGCUUCACUUCUGGCCGCUUUCACAUGCAUUUUUUAUCCUUUUUCAUUUUAUUUCUGUGUUUUCCCCACUUUGGGUUGACUUAUGACCCCCACUUCAACUUGUGUCACCUUCGCUAUUUUUCUCGCAUCCAACCAGAAAGCGUCCAAAGCGGUUGCCGUUGCCACGGGGGUCAGCGGUGGGAAGGAUUUUUGCUGACGUUGUAAUCAGUGAUGUCCUCGGUGAGCAGUCAGAGAUUGACGUGUCGAUAUAUGAUCGUUCAAACCAGGAAUGCUUUUUGGGCCAUGUGCGGAUGUGCCCUUUGAUCACUAGGGAACAGCAGUCUGGCCUAGAUAACUGGUUUCCUUUACAGCCGAGAACACCUCAUGAGAGCGUUGCGGGAGAGAUUCGAUUGCAGAUCAGCUUCGAGAGAAUCUCUAAGAAGCAUUAUGGUCCUGAUGAUUUUGAGGUGCUGCGGCUGAUCGGCAAAGGUCGGUUUUAUUUCUGCUAUCCUCGGUCCGAAUCGUCCGUCUUAACCUGGUUGCUAACAUUAUACACAGGAACUUUCGGCCAAGUCUAUCAAGUCCGGAAAAAGGAUACUAGGCGGAUUUAUGCUAUGAAAGUCCUGUCAAAGAAAGUGAUUGUCCAAAAGAAAGAAGUAGCACACACGCUUGGCGAGCGUAACAUCCUUGUCAGGACCGCGACUACCGAUUCACCAUUCAUUGUUGGAUUAAAGUUCUCAUUCCAAACGCCCACUGAUCUCUAUCUAGUGACGGACUAUAUGUCCGGAGGGGAGCUCUUCUGGCAUUUGCAAAAGGAAGGCAGAUUCAAGGAAGAUCGUGCCAAGUUUUAUAUCGCCGAACUCAUUCUUGCACUGGAACACCUGCACAACCAUGACAUUGUCUACCGGGAUCUGAAGCCGGAGAACAUUCUGCUUGAUGCUAAUGGCCACAUUGCACUUUGUGACUUUGGGCUCUCGAAAGCGAACUUGUCUGCGAAUGCUACUACAAACACGUUUUGUGGGACUACCGAGUACCUCGCCCCGGAAGUUCUAUUGGACGAAAUGGGGUAUACCAAGAUGGUUGAUUUCUGGUCUCUCGGGGUAUUGGUGUUCGAGAUGUGUUGCGGGUGGAGUCCAUUCUAUGCCGAGGAUACCCAACAGAUGUAUAAGAACAUCGCGUUCGGGAAGGUCCGCUUUCCGCGAGAUGCUCUCAGCCUCGAGGGUAGAAACUUUGUCAAAGGGGUAAGUUUGAAUUCACCUGGAUGCAGCAUAGCAUACGCACUAACCGGGGGUUAUCGCCUUUACCGUGCACCUGGGCUGAUAUCAUGACUGCCCCAGCUCCUCAACCGGAACCCGAAACAUCGUUUGGGGGCUACACUUGACGCGAAGGAACUUAAAAGUCACCCUUUUUUCAGCGACGUGAAUUGGAACGAACUUUUACGCAAAAAUGUUAUACCCCCUUUUAAACCCACACUUAGCUCAGAAACCGAUACCUCGAACUUUGAUCCGGAGUUCACCAACGCUCCGAUGUCUCAGUCGCUGAAUGCGCGAGCCGCUGCGUUGGCUUCUGGAAAUCUGGCUGCAAGUACCCCCCUUAGCCCGGGGAUGCAAGCCAAUUUUAGAGGCUUUACUUUUGUGGAUGAGAGUAGCAUUGAUGAUCACUUCUUAGGGCGGGAUGAGUUGGCACGAAUGGACGAAGACGUGGAAGAUGGCGAUUGGGAUGAAAGAUAUGAUAAUAGGAGAAGCAACGACGAUGAAGAUGAUGCGAGGGGAUUUGGCGGAAGGGGCAAUCGCAUGAGUGGAAUUGUCAAAACUGGCCAAGCAGACGAUGAGGCAGGCAUAUUCGUUAACGACGGUAUGGAUAUAUAAUGAGUGUUCCCUUCUAGUUGGAGGAUGUGGGUAUCUGUUUCGGGUUUCUAUCUACAGUUUUUUUCUUUCUUUUUUUUUCGUUUUAUUCUCUAAAGCAUUGACAAAAUAGCAUCAUCUGGUAUACUUCAUGGCCAUCGGUAGGAUUAACUGGUGCAAAUCCUACGAAUUUGGGGGUUGUUAUUGUUUCCCAUUUCGUUUUAUUAUGCUCUGUUGCGACUUCAUAGUGUUCCUGGCUGCUACUGCUACUUAGUAUUUGCCCUUUUUUCGCGCUAUCGUUUUUUUGCCCAACAGAGUGUGCAGGGAGAGGGGGGGGGAAGAAGAAACGAAUUUCCUUUUGAAUGAGGUUUUAGCAUUUCUCUUUUAUUUGUUACUAUCACGAUCUCGAGCAAAGGAAGGCCAGAAAGAGAGGAAUAGGAUAAGAAGAGAGAAAGGAUUGCACGGCGACAUAGGCAGACAAGCGGGCAUUGAGACUUCGAACUUUGUUGCUUCAAAUUAGCAACAAAUAUUUUUGCUUUUUCUUAUUUUUUUUACAUAAUUAAUUUUGUUAUAUCACGGAGCACGGGGUUCUUUUUCCUUCAUCUUUUUUUUUUUCUUCCUUCCCCUUAUCUCCUUCACCUUCUCGCUCUUUUCAUCUCUCCUCCUCAAUCUUUAGUGCUUACUCCGGAGGAGAGGAAGAAAAAAAGAUCAAUAAGUUAAUUAAAUUUGAGCAAUUUUGCGCUACU